AUGCUCAAGGAUCUCAAAUUGAAGCAAGAACUGAAUGAGGAUGCUCCAGCAAAUUUUGAGACGCCUGGUGAAUGGAAGGUGUAUGACGAGACGCCAGUGCUCAAUACUUUGGUGGAGGAAGAAGAGGAUGAGCGAACACCAAGUGAUGCUCCCGAUUCACGCCCACAAUCUAUUGCUGCUGAGGUGGCUCCCCCGCUCCUCAAGGCAGAUGGAGUCUCGCAAGAGUCUGAGUCCAAGAGUCUACCAGAAUUGCCUCUAUCGAUGAUCCAUAUGCCGACUCUGCCUGAUGUACGCAACACGAAAGAGCACGAAUUGCCAGCCCUUCCUGGCUCUUAUAAAGAUGCCUUACCCGACUUGCCAGAAAUGCGUCAGGAGCCAGAGCCCGUCCACGAUGGGCCCGUCUCAAUGCCUAAGCUUGCGCUUUCUACAGAUGAUCUUCGGACCGAGCGGAUCAUGGAGCUUGAUCCAGCACUCUCUGUCAACAAGCUCCGUGGAGGCCACUUCCCGCACCCUCCCACACUGAGACAGAAGCGAGCCCAACAUUCAUCACGGCCAAAGUCGUUCGUGCAAGAGACGGCUUUCCGACCACUGUCGCCAGUGCAACCCAUAUCUCGCUUUUCGGUGGAUUCGCCUGUAGACAACGACUACCGUUUCACCUCUUCUAUCGAGGUGCGAGAGAGCGAUCGUCUUGCUCAGGAACUUCUCGACGAGCUGCAAACUGGAACCUCAGUGGCCGAGACGAAUGAAGCAUCUUUGCAAGAGCCCUCCAUGCAGGAAGGGGCAUUGCCACGCAACUCACGCAGCCUAGAUGAGUCACCGCGCGAGAUGACCGUGCCGCUGGCACAGACACUAGACAAUGUGCCUCGCCGGCCCCCGUCCACCAACCGAGCACGCAGCAGCUCAGGUUCACGCUUUCUAGAGGCCCUGGAAGCACCUGCUAGGCUCGAUGUCCAGCGAGCCAUGGAUAGCAAGACACUCGACUUACUCGAGCCACAAAACAGAAUUGUCGAGAUUCAACGGCGUAUACACAUUCUCAGCACCCUGCCGAGUGAGCUACAAGCCUAUCUACAAAUCAAGUCUUGA